AGUUCAGCACCCGGCUCGCCUGCUUGGUCAGUGACAGAUCUGUACCGCACCCCCUCCAGCAGCAGGUCGCACCUCGUCCUCCAGAAUACAGCAGGAGACUUAAGCUCCAGUGCCAGCCUGUCAGCUCGUACGAGGCCUUGUGAGGGUGCAGUAGAGCCCAUGCAGAUCGACGUAGAUCCACAAGAAGAUCAGCAAAAUGCACCUGAUAUCAACUACGUGGUGGAGAACCCCACUCUGGAUUUGGAGCAGUACGCGUCCAGCUACAGUGGUCUGAUGCGAAUUGAGCGGCUGCAGUUUAUCGCUGAUCACUGCCCACAGCUGCGGGUGGAAGCUCUCAAGAUGGCACUGUCAUUUGUCCAGAGAACUUUCAAUGUUGAUGUGUACGAAGAAAUCCACCGAAAGUUGUCUGAGGCGACCAGAGAACUGCAGAAUACACCUGAUGCUGUCCCCGAUAGUGGAACUGAACCUCCUCCUCUAGACACAGCUUGGGUUGAAGCUACACGCAAAAAAGCUCUUCUCAAACUGGAGAAACUCGACACAGAUCUGAAAAAUUACAAAGGGAACUCAAUCAAGGAAAGUAUCAGGAGAGGCCAUGAUGACUUAGGUGAUCAUUACCUUGACUGUGGCGACCUCAGCAACGCUCUCAAGUGUUACUCACGAGCCCGUGAUUACUGCACCAGUGCUAAACAUGUUAUCAACAUGUGUCUCAAUGUCAUCAAGGUCAGCGUCUACCUCCAGAAUUGGUCUCAUGUUCUGAGCUAUGUAAGCAAGGCUGAGUCUACACCAGAAAUUGCAGAACAAAGAGGAGAAAGAGACAGUCAGACACAAGGAAUUCUGACCAAACUGAAAUGUGCAGCAGGCUUGGCUGAACUAGCUGCUCGGAAGUACAAACAGGCAGCAAAGUGCUUCUUGUUGGCAUCGUUUGAUCACUGUGAUUUCCCUGAGCUGUUAUCUCCUAGCAAUGUGGCUGUAUAUGGUGGUCUCUGUGCCCUUGCUACCUUUGACCGUCAGGAACUGCAACGAAAUGUUAUCUCCAGCAGCUCCUUCAAAUUGUUUUUGGAGCUGGAGCCACAGGUUCGUGACAUCAUCUUCAAGUUUUAUGAAUCUAAAUAUGCUUCAUGCCUGAAGAUGCUGGAUGAGAUGAAGGACAACCUGCUGCUGGAUAUGUACCUUGCACCUCACGUCAGGACACUUUAUACCCAGAUUCGAAAUCGUGCCCUUAUACAGUACUUCAGCCCCUAUGUGUCGGCAGAUAUGCGCAAGAUGGCCACCGCAUUCAAUACCACAGUGGCUGCUCUGGAAGAUGAGCUUACUCAGCUCAUCCUGGAGGGACUGAUCAACGCCAGAAUAGACUCACACAGUAAGAUUCUUUAUGCUCGAGAUGUAGAUCAGCGCAGCACAACUUUUGAGAAGUCUUUACUAAUGGGCAAAGAGUUUCAGCGACGUGCCAAGGCGAUGAUCCUGCGAGCUGCAGUCCUGCGCAAUCAGAUACAUGUCAAGUCUCCUCCAAGAGAAGGUAGCCAAGGGGAGCUUACUCCAGCUAACAGCCAGUCCAGGAUGAGCACCAACAUGUGAAAAACUUCGUGCACUACCAAAAGAAAUGGUCCCUCCAGGACUGUACCCAGUGUCUCACCCACUAACCGCUGAGCUUCACAAACUGUCCCUGUCUCCUGCCCUUCUUGCUCGGAUUGAGAGGGGCAGGGCUGAUGAUGGAUAAUAUGAAUAUUCCAGUAACUUCAAUUCUCCUUGAAAAGAAAUUCUUUCUAAAAACAGAAUCCCUGCAAAGGGUCAUCAUUUCAGUUUUGGUAGAACAUCUUCCUCCAUUCUCCUUCUUCCACCACUCCAUAAAGAGCUGUCAGGUUAUUCAUACAGAUGCUGAUUUGAGAGUUUUUCAGCUGCUAUUAGUUUCCUUGUUUCAAAGCUGCGAAAGUAGUGUUGAGUGGAAAGGUGUGAUCCAAGAUGAAUUUUGCUGGCCUGAAAGUACUGCCCUCAUUCUGAGCAAUGCUGAGCUUUCUGUUUAUUCUGGAGAAAUUUAGUGCAUUGCUCUCAAUUAUGGAGCUAGAGUUCUGAUGGGAGAG